AUGGAUCGUCAAGCAACCUACAUAUGCCUAUUUUGCCUGCCGAAAAAGGUUCACUUCACUGGCUAUGGCCCACUACGCAUGCACUUGCGUACUCAGCAUUCGGUCAAACGCCAAUCAACCACGGAAUCAAAUCGAUUUCGUAGUGAUGGCGGCUACAUGCUGGACGAAACGCAUUACUUUCCCAAUUCUCCCGGCUUCGAACCCUGGCGCGCGACCGGACAUGGCGUUAAACCAGUACCACCGCCAGCACCAGCAUCCCAAACUUCAUCCAAAGUCGAGAUGUCACCCACCGAGCUCUCAAGCAUGAUUGUUACCAUCAUGUCUCAAAUGAGCAAUCAGGUGCAAGCCGGCGUUGGCAAUACCAUUCAGAAUGCCGCUUCAAUGCUGUCCUUCAUGGGAGCAACGCCCGCUAUUAAUCAGGCAACGACUUCCCGGUGUUUUUACCCGGUGCCUAAUACCAACAAUGUGUUGGUAGCAAUCAGCAAUCCACCAGUUGCGGUUCCAGAAAAUAUGCCAGCUCUACAGUUCGUCGCAGCUCCAGAAAAGAACUACAUCACUACUUCUUCCGCUGAAGAGCAUGCCAGAACAUCGGGAAAGUCCACCGAGGAAGAGUCAGACACAUUCACUGAGGACAUCAUAACAACACCAACUAUUGAUCCUUCAAAAGGGAAGGUAGAAAUUCUCAGUAGCGAGACACUGGCAGUUGGUCAAGGAGCACAGGUUUCGUUGCCCAAUGAAAAGUCGGUCGAACCAAACACAGCCAGUUCACAAGUCGACACUGUCAAUCAAGAUGAAGUGACCGUCGAGGAGAUCUUGAGCGAACUUGAGC